AUGUCCAGAUCCGGGGACAGGACCUCCACCUUCGACCCCAGCCACAGCGACAACCUGCUGCAUGGCCUCAACCUGCUGUGGAGGAAGCAGCUCUUCUGCGACGUGACCCUGACGGCCCAGGGCCAGCAGUUCCACUGCCACAAGGCCGUGCUGGCCUCCUGUUCCCAGUACUUCCGAUCCCUCUUCUCCAGCAGCGGCGGUGGCGGCAACCCCCAACCCCUGGCUCUGGGGCCGGGCGCCCAGGACGGACUGGGCCUGGGGGGGCCCCCCAAGGAGCAGCAGCAGGAGGAGCCCGGCACCCCUUCUUCCUCCCCAGAGGACAAGCUGCUGGCCAGCCCCAGAGCCAUCAACAACCUGGUGUUGCAAGGCUGCUCGUCCAUCGGGCUGCGCCUGGUGCUGGAGUACCUGUACACGGCCAACGUGACCCUGUCCCUGGACACGGUGGAGGAGGUGCUGUCGGUCAGCAAGAUCCUGCACAUCCCGCAGGUCACCAAGCUGUGCGUGCAGUUCCUCAACGACCAGAUCUCCGUGCAGAACUACAAGCAGGUGUGCAAGAUCGCCGCCCUGCACGGCCUGGAGGAGACCAAGAAGCUGGCCAACAAGUACCUGGUGGAGGACGUGCUGCUGCUCAACUUCGAGGAGAUGCGCGCCCUGCUCGACUCGCUGCCUCCCCCUGUGGAAUCGGAGCUGGCGCUCUUCCAAAUGUCCGUGCUCUGGCUGGAGCACGACCGGGAGACCCGCAUGCAAUACGCCCCGGACCUCAUGAAGCGCCUCCGCUUCGCCCUCAUUCCGGCCCCGGAGCUGGUGGAGCGGGUCCAGUCGGUGGAUUUCAUGCGCACCGACCCCGUCUGCCAGAAGCUGCUGCUGGACGCCAUGAACUACCACCUGAUGCCCUUCAGGCAGCACUGCAGGCAGAGCCUGGCCAGCAGAAUUCGCUCCAAUAAGAAAAUGCUGUUACUGGUCGGAGGAUUGCCUCCCGGACCUGACCGGCUACCCAGCAAUUUGGUUCAGUAUUAUGAUGAUGAAAAGAAGACAUGGAAAAUACUGACAAUUAUGCCAUAUAAUAGUGCCCAUCACUGUGUUGUGGAAGUAGAAAAUUUCUUGUUCGUUUUGGGAGGAGAAGACCAGUGGAACCCGAAUGGGAAACACAGUACAAACUUUGUCAGUCGAUAUGAUCCCAGGUUUAACAGCUGGAUACAACUUCCACCCAUGCAAGAGAGGAGAGCCAGUUUCUAUGCAUGUCGGCUUGAUAAGAACUUGUAUGUGAUUGGUGGAAGAAAUGAAACUGGCUACUUGUCCAGCGUGGAAUGCUAUAAUUUAGAGACAAAUGAAUGGCGUUAUGUAUCUUCUUUACCGCAACCUCUAGCAGCGCAUGCAGGAGCAGUGCACAACGGCAAGAUAUAUAUUUCGGGGGGCGUUCAUAAUGGAGAAUAUGUCCCCUGGCUGUACUGCUACGAUCCUGUAAUGGACGUCUGGGCCCGAAAACAGGACAUGAACACAAAGCGAGCUAUCCACACUUUGGCUGUAAUGAAUGAUCGACUGUAUGCAAUUGGAGGAAACCAUUUGAAAGGUUUCUCCCAUCUUGAUGUCAUGCUUGUGGAAUGCUAUGAUCCAAAAGGUGACCAGUGGAAUAUUCUUCAGACUCCUAUUUUGGAAGGUCGCAGUGGCCCUGGAUGCGCAGUUCUUGAUGACAGUAUUUACCUUGUCGGAGGCUACAGUUGGAGUAUGGGAGCCUACAAAUCUUCUACUAUUUGCUACAGUCCUGAGAAAGGAACCUGGACAGAACUAGAAGGAGAUGUAGCUGAGCCACUUGCAGGUCCUGCAUGUUCGACUGUCAUACUGCCAGCCUGUGUACCGUACAACAAAUAAUAUUCGAGAAGCACUGAAAUGAACAAUAUUACAUUCUGGAAAGUAAUAACGGGUGACGUAAAUAUUUUAAUAGAACAGAAUUCCUGGCAAAACAAAACUACCAUAAUUGACCCCUUAUUUCAGAUUUAUGCUUUAAAAGCAAACUGGGAACAAAAAGUCUCAUCUCAGAUAGAUGCCGGUGUCUUGUGAAGCAAGUAGCCAGAACACACCGAACAUUACAUGCUGACAGACUGCCAUUUCAGACUGAUUUUAACUUUUUUCCCGCUACAGAAAUAUUCUUCACAUGGGUUUUAACUUUUAAAAAUGAAGGCUAAAUGUCCAAAUACAGCCUGAAAAGACAAGAUCAGUUUUGUGCAUUAUAUUCUACCUGCAUGUGAUCUAUGUGAAGUCAUGAGGGUGUUGUGUUCAUAAAUGCUUCAAAACUCAGAUACUGAAAAGCUCACUCUGCAUUGCAGAACUGUCUCCCCCUCUGUAAUCCUAACCUACAGCUACUUCAUAUGCUCUGCAAGCAACACAGCAUCAAAAUAUCAUAAAAGGUAAAGAAAUGUCAUUCCAUUUUUGCACAACUUGGCUUCUCAUACACUCUGCCUUCAAAGUCCCCAUAUGUAAGUAUAGUGAAGAGCAGACUACGAUGAAAGUGAUGCUUUACAGAGCACUUCUUGCAAUAGUGAUUUUAAGGAUUAGGAACAAAUUCUGCUCUUAGUUACACUGGUAUAAAUGCAGAGCCACUCCACUAAAAUCAAUGGAAUGAAUGUUUUUAUAACUGGUGUGACUGAAAUCUUGGCCUAAACCUCAAAUUCUGGGUUUACAAAGUAAGUUUUUCUCAUAAGCAGUUAAAAGACAACACAGUCCAUUAAUACAGUAAACAUACAAGAAUUCUUCUUCAUUUUCACUAACAUUAGAAGUGAACACACUUGCUAUUUGCUUUCAAAGACAAGACCACUGAAUUUAUGCAUAAUGGUACCUCUUUGGACUUUUAAAUUAGUAUGCAUAGAAUUGAAGGGACUCUGGUAACUGGCUAAAAUCCUCGUCUCUGAUUUCACAAUUUGAAAGAUUUUCUUUGUUGAUCCAGAAAAAUACAGGGCUGGAUUCUCCACUGCCUUAUACCUUGUUUAGUUAUUUACAUCUGGUAAAGUGAGUGCAAAAUGCUAUCAGAUCAGAACAGUUGCAUAUGACACCCACUUUACAAGAGUUGUACUUGAUUACAUAGGGUGCAAGGCAGUGGCAAAUCAGGCCCAAUGUGUUUUUAUGCUUAUGUCUUCCUUUUGCAGCAGUAACUGACUUACAAACACUGUGCCUGGUUCUCCACUUCCUCUUGGCUUGCAUAAGGAUUUCGACCUGUACACAAUGCAUAUAAAAUACUUCUUCGAGUGCUUGCUAAUGUCCAUUCCAUGUUAGGUGUGUGUGCUCACCACAUGCACCAGUGCCGGAAGUUUUUCCUUCAGUGGUAUCUGUAGGGACCAGCUCUGGCACCCUCAGGAGUGGCAUGCAUAUGCACCAGUCGAAGGGGCACCACCAGCCCCCUCAGUUCCUUCUUACCGCCAGUGACGGUACUGGAACAUCUCCUUGCUUUGGCAAGUACUCUUACCUAUGUUCUUCCUAUUAUUUAUUGUGUUAAUAGUUCUUAGAUAAGUAGUUCUUUUGUUCUCUUAAUAGUUAGUUAAUAGUACAGUAGUUAAGUUAGAUAGUCCCCUAAGGGACUUAGCCCAGGGAUGGGGCAUGCCUCAGUCCCCGGGCUUCAAGCCUUGUGAUCGCUGCAAAAAGCCUAUGCCGAUUAGCAACCCUCAUCAAAGCUGCUUGAAAUGUCUGGGGGAAACCCAUGUUAGCAAUAAGUGUCACAUCUGCGAGAGCUUCAAGCCAAGAACUAAAAAGGAGCAGGACAUAAGACUGAGAGCGCUCCUCAUGGAGCAUGUCUCCAAACCACCGAAAUCAGACUCCACUCCGAGCACAGUGGCAUCAGCACAAAGUGUGCCUCCGGCACUGGCCUCCCAAUGCUGGUCCCUGUCCCCAGUACCUGCUAAAAUGCAAAGGAAGCACACCAGGAGAGGGCGUUCUGCAACAUCCCGUAUUGAAAAGGAAAAGUCCAAAGAGGAGCAUAGGCCCAUGUGGGACAGCAUGUCUCCGGAGCCCAGCCAGGCACCUGCAUCGCCGGCUAGGCAACCCAGCCCUCCUUGGAACCCACCAGCCACCCUGGGUAGGGGCAGAGGUUCCCAGCACCUGGAGGUCCCAUCCAUGCUGGAGGCCUUCCAGGCUGCAAAAGACAUCAUGUCUUUGCUGGUGCUACCGACGCCCCGUCAAGAUGUAGUUGUCUCUAGAGUGAAGCCAGCACUGGGGUCCGUGCAACAGUCUCUGUCUGUGCGGCAUCGCUCCCUGGCACCGCAGCGGUCGAUGUCAAAGCGGGAUCCCCUGGGAGGCGCUUCUGACCUGCCCAUACUGACUGGCCCUGUUCACUGGACUCUUGGCACCGGUCCCUGAGGUGUGGCAUCGUUUGCCCUAUGGUCAAUGCAGAUCCGUAGCAUGCCACUAGUACCUGGAAUCAUGGCACCGGUCGCCGGAGAGGAGGCAUCUCUCCUUGGGGCAACGAAGUCCACCAGGAUCAUGAUGCCAAUUGCCGGGACCACAGGACCAGUCCCUGGCACUGAGACACAGCUCUACGGACUCACAGCACCAGUCUCUGGGGUCCCAGAACUCUAGACGUCGAUUGCUGGUGUACCAUCGCCAAUCUGCCAAACUCCGCCGUCAGUCCCUGGACAGAUGGCACCAGGACCUGGAACCCCGGUACCUGUCCCCCAGCUGCAGUCGCUGGGAUAGCAGGCAUGGAGGGGCCAGGGAUGCAGCAUCAGCACUGCAUUGUUCCCCCUGGCAGAAACUUUCCUCCUCGGGCUUAGAGGCUGAGGAGAUAGCGGAUCCCUCUGUCCAGCCACACACAACCAGAUCUGGGGGGGCUCCUCCAGGGCCACCGGCCAGCGCAUGGCCCCAGGGCCAAUGGCCAGCCCGGUGGUACUUUUGGAACCCAUAGGAGUUCCCCCAGGUAUCGGAGACUCAAAUGCAGCACUCAGUGUCAGGGGCGUCAGAGAGGAGGUUGGCAACAGACUCCCGCCCUCCCCUGGAAUCAGAAAAGGGAUCUGAUCAAGAGGCCCAGAAGCACCCUCCGGCCUCGACGGAGACCACCCAUGCAAGGGAUGCUGAGCUAGCCCCUCCCCCGCCUUCGCCUCCUCGUCAUCCUCACCCGACAAGGCAGUGGCAGGACUGUCCAAGACAGUGCCACAGGAUGAUCCCAAGGCACACCAGGAGCUGCUGAAGAGAGUGGUUGCAAACUUGGGAUUGGAAGUAGAGCACCACAUUUAGGGUGGUGCUCCCAGUACAUGAAGGGGUAGUAAAGCUGGUAAAAGCCUUAUGGCAGACCACAUCUUCUCUCCUGCCCAUUUCCAAGUAGGCAGAGAGGAAGUAUUACGUCCCUGCAAAAGGGUUUGAAUACCUGUAUUCCCACCCAGCCCCAAACUCUUUAGUGGUCUCUGCGGCCAACGAGAGGGACAGGCAGG